UUGUCCUGCCUGGAGCUUCCUCUGCCUGGAUUGCCACCACUUCAACGCCAUGCUGCUUCGGAAUGUGGCCCUGCUCCUCCUCUGCACGUCUGUUGCCAUGUGUGCCACUUUAGGCCACUACCUGGUUCAAGCAAAGGAGGUGGAGGAGGAGAAGACAGUGGAGGAGGAGGCCCCUGUUCUAAACUCAGCUGCUGUUAGUGAUGGUGUUGUUGAAGCUGCCUCUGUGGAUGCAGCUGAAGAAGAUGUAGCUGCUGCUGCAGUGGAACCAGAGGAUGAUGCUCCUGCAGCUGAAGAGGCUGAAGAAAUACUCGCAGUGGAUCAACCAGCAGCUGACAACAAUGAAGUGGAUGUCCUCAUAGCAGAUGGUGCCGCUGCUGAAGAGCCGGAGGCAGACGGUGACGUGCCUGCCGGAGACACCCCUAAUGAGGAGGCCCUCACUGAGGAGGCUGUCACCCAGGAACAACCUCCCCCACGAGACAACCCUGCUGUGGAGGCCCUCGCUGAGGAGGCUGUCACCCAGGAACAACCUCCCCCGCGAGACACCCCUGCUGUGGAGGCCCUCGCUGAGGAGGCUGUCACCCAGGAACAACCUCUUCCACGAGACACCCCUGCUGUGGAGGCCCUCGCUGAGGAGGUUGUCACCCAGGAACAACCUCCCCCGCGAGACACCCCUGCUGUGGAGGCCCUCGCUGAGGAGGUUGUCACCCAGGAACAACCUCCCCCGCGAGACACCCCUGCUGUGGAGGCCCUCGCUGAGGAGGUUGUCACCCAGGAACAACCUCCCCCUGAGGAAGAGGGGAAUGAGAUCACACCGGCCCAGACCAAGCACUCCCUGGACAGACCCUCAGCUAAUGAAGAUGAAAGCAGUUGGGGCUUCAACUCGAUUAGGAGUAGUUUCCAGACGAUGCACGGAUACUUUGACUCCCUGGUGGAGCUGGUGGGGGGUCACGAUGGUGUGUGCCAGUACAGCUGCAGAUACGGAGAAAGUCCUCAGCCUCGUGCCGGCUACCAGAUCCCGGAGCCCAACGGCUGCAGCUCGUCUCUGGUGGGAUUCCAGGUGAAUGAAGCUCUCGACCUCGGGGUCCCCGUCAUGACACAAUGCUGUGAUCAGCUCGACAUGUGCUACGACACUUGCGGCAUGAGCAAGUACAACUGUGACGCUGUGUUUCGCUCGUGUCUGCUCGACAUCUGCUCUGACCUCAGGAAGAGCCUGGGCUUUGUGUCGCAGGUACAAGCCUGUGACUCCAUGGCAGAAGUCCUCCACAACACAGUGGGCACUCUGGGCUGCAGGCCCUACAUGAACAGCCAGAGGGCAGCGUGCGUCUGCGGGGACGAGGAGCGGGAUGAACUGUGAUACAGAAAACUAUGGAGGACCCCUGCAUGGACACUUUCACGGGCAAAUAACCAGACUCAUUAGCGGCAGAUUAUUCUGGGUAUUUAUAGUUUUCUCUCUCAAAGUGGAGAUAUUUCUCAUGAGUCAGAGUUUUAAAGAAAAGACAUACAUGGAAAAUGCAGAUGAACAGUUUCUUUGGUUUUAUUCAUAGAAAUUACGUGUCUGGUUGUGACUUUCAGAAUCUUAAUGAAUCACUCAUGCAUAUUACACUCUCCACACUUCAUUUUCAUUUCAUUUUUAGGCCAUAUUUUGGUCUCUAUGACUCCAUUACCAUAAAUUACUCCAAACAAAUUUCCUGAUGGGGAGGAUAUUGCAGUUGGAUUAAUUUGGUUUAGACAGAAACACACAGGAUCAUUAUUAUGGCACAUGUGGUUCAUUGGGUGCUGCUAUUUGACUUUUAUUACAUUAGUUUGGUCAAACCUCAAAUCUAAGUCAGAUAAAAUGUGACGUCUAUUACAGUUAUACUGAGUUAAUGUUGGGUGUAAGUUAUUUGUAUGUUAUUUGUUAUUUUGUAUGAAUAAAUACACAACUAAUUGCA